UAGAGAAUUGUUUUUGUCAAACCUGACGUUUGUGGUGUGUGGGAAAAGAAAAUAUUAUUUUACUAGCAUCUCGGUACGAUUGCCGUCAACAAAUUGCUGCAAUGGCAGGAGUAAUUAAGAAGGCUACCGGUUUGACUGGCUUACAUGUGGCCAAGAAUCCACACCACACGCUGACGGCCUUGUACAACAAGAUCCUGCGUGCUGUCUCCAAGAUGCCUCAGGAUGCUGGCUAUCGACGAUACACCGAACAAAUCGUGUCGGAGCGUGCCAAGAUUGUUGCAACGACUCCGAACAUUCUUGAAAUUGAGCAAAAGAUCAACUGUGGCCAGGUGGAAGAAUUGAUCGUACAGGCGGAAAACGAACUAACACUCGCACGUAAGAUGCUGGGAUGGAAACCGUGGGAACCAUUGGUUAAGCAGGCACCGGCCAGCCAGUGGGCUUGGCCUCCAGCAAAUCUGCCAGAAUUGAAGUAAACAUCCUUGUCGUAAAAAUAUCCUUCGUUUAUCCUUUCCACAUCCACAGAGACACACUUGUAGGCAAUGUAACGGUUGUUAGGGUCGUAUUUAAUGUGUAAAUAAAAUCAACACGUGCGGCCAAUCCA